GCCUGGCUGCGGGGGAUGGGCUCUGCUUGGAAGACCCCGAGCUGCUGGCUGGAAGGGCCGGAGGGAAGCGGUGGGGCUGGAGCCCGGCCUUGGUCGGAGGGGCUGAAAGGCAGCGAGGGUCAACCCGGGGCUCAGAAGCGCCUCCUCUCCCGCGGACUGUCACCGUUGGGACGGCUGCAGAGAGGCUGGGCGAAGGCCGCCUCCACCUGUCCCUGCCAGCCGCUCUUCCCUCCGGUUUCCAGGUCAAGGGCGGGAGGGGCUGCAGAGGCCUUUUCCCCGGAGAGAGAGAGAGAGAAAUCGGCAACAGGUCUGGGAUGGGGCAUCCUGAGCGUCUGCGCUUUCCCCAACUUCCCCACCUGGGGGAUAUCUAGAGAGCAGGAGUGGGUGCUGUCCUUCGAAAUCUUCAUCCCGCUGGUUCUCUUCUUCAUCCUGCUGGGGCUGAGGCAGAAAAAGCCCACCAUCGCCGUGAAGGAAGUCUCCUACUACACGGCAGCGCCCCUCACCUCGGCCGGCAUCUUGCCCAUCAUGCAGUCCCUGUGUCCCGACGGGCAGCGCGAUGACUUCGGGUUCUUGCAGUACUCCAAUUCCAGGGUUACCCAGUUGCUGGAGCGGCUGAACGAGGUGGUGGAGAAGAGCAACCUGUUUGACCCGGAUCAUGCCGGGCCGGAGGAGGAGUUGGAGUCUCUCCGGCGCCACCUGGAGUCUCUUGGCAGCAGCACCGGGCCCAGCCCCGUGGAGACCCACUUCACCACCAACGCAGCCCCCGGCUUCUCCCUGGACUCUGUGGCCAAGGACAAGAUGGAGCUUCACCGCUUCCUCAUGCAGAACCUCUCCUUGUCCAACGAGACGGUGGGGCUGCUCACAGGCUCCAGCAUCAACCUGAGAGAGGUCUACCGGCUCGUCUUUGGCGUGUCUCCUGGCUCUGCUGAUGGCUUUGGCCCAGUGGACAAGCGGCAUCACCCGGAGAAAAGCUUUCUGGGCAACCUGAAGAUGAUGGAAGAUGGGCUGGUCCGGCAAGCGCUCCGCCGCCCCCCCAAAGGCGCCCAGCGGAAGGCCAUCCUCCGGCUCUUCUCCCAUGCUUUGGGCCUGGCCAGCCCCAUGGCAGAGCCCCCUGGCUCUGACAGCCCCCAGACCUUUGUGAGGGACGUGGAGAACAUCCUCUUCACCGCCCCUGUGCUGGAGAACCUGACGUGUCGCCAGAGCCAGGAUGCGCUGAGGCGCAUCCUGGUCAUCCCGGAGAGCCAGCAGCCUCUCCUGCAGGCCUACCGCACUGGUGUCUGCAACCAGAGCGCCAGCCUGCGGGCCGACUACUUCAGGCAGCUGGUGGUGGAGAUGAAGGACCAGCUGGAAGCUCGCAAGGUGGCUGAACAGCUGAAGCUGGAUGAGGUGAACCACACGGCCCAGAGCCGGCUCCACGCCCUGCUGGAGGACCUGAUGGAAAUGGAGAAGGUGCUGAAGGACCUGGACAUCCUCUCCGCCCUGGCCAAGCUCCUCCCCAAGGGGGCCUGUGCCGCAAAAGCGCCCCCCACCGCCCCCAACAGCACCGGCUCAGCUGUGAACUUCACCUCCGGCACCAACUCCAGCUCCGAGGAGGGCAGGGCCGAGAGCGAGGCGCCAGCCGAGGAUCCUCAAGGGCAGUGCUCGGCCUUUGUGCAGCUCUGGGCCGGCCUGCAGCCCAUCCUCUGCGGGAACAACCGGACGAUUGAGCCCGAGGCGCUGCGGCAGGGGAACAUGAGCUCUCUGGGCUUCACCAGCAAGGAGCAGCGCAACCUGGGACUCCUGGUGCACCUCAUGACCAGCAACCCCAAGAUCCUGUAUUCGCCCGUCGGCACCCAGGUGGAUAAAGUUAUCUUGAAGGCCAACGAGACCUUCGCCUUUGUGGGGAACGUGACGCGCUACGCCCAGGUCUGGCUCAACAUCUCUGCCGAGAUCCGCAGCUUCCUGGAGGAGGGCAAGUUGCAGCAGCGGAUUGCUUGGCUCCAGAAGAUGGCGGCCGACCUUCACCAGAACCCCGAAGUCCUGAAUGUCUCCGACAGCAGCCUCUUGCACAACUUCAUGGAGAGCAACCUGUCCAUCUCCAACACCAGCACGCUCCUCCAGCAGCUGGACACCAUCGACAACGCUGCCUGCGGCUGGAUCCAGUUCAUGUCCAAGGUCAGCGUGGACAUCUUCAAGGGCUUUCCGGACGAAGAGAGCAUCGUGAACUACACCCUCAACCAGGCCUACCAAGACAACGUCACAGUCUUUGCCAGUGUGAUCUUCCAAACCAACAAGGAUGGCAGCCUCCCUCCCCAUGUCAUGUACAAGAUCCGCCAAAAUUCCAGCUUCACUGAAAAGACUAAUGAGAUCCGGCGGGCGUAUUGGAGACCUGGGCCAAACCACGGAGGGCGUUUCUACUUCCUUUAUGGCUUUGUCUGGAUCCAAGACAUGAUGGAACGCGCCAUUGUCAACACCUUUGUCGGCCGUGAUGUGGUGGAGCCGGGCAACUACGUGCAGAUGUUUCCCUACCCCUGUUACACCCGUGACGACUUCCUCUUCGUGAUUGAGCACAUGAUGCCGCUGUGCAUGGUCAUCUCCUGGGUCUAUUCGGUGGCCAUGAUGAUCCAGCACAUCGUAGCAGAGAAGGAGCAUCAUCUGAAGGAGGUGAUGAAGAUGAUGGGGCUGAAUAAUGCCGUCCACUGGGUGGCUUGGUUCAUCACAGGCUUCGUUCAGCUGUCCAUCUCGGUCACUGCCCUGACCGCCAUUCUCAAGUACGGGAAGGUCCUCAUGCACAGCGACGUGCUCAUCAUCUGGCUCUUCCUGUCCGUCUACGCCGUGGCCACCAUCAUGUUCUGCUUCCUGGUGUCCGUGCUGUAUUCAAAGGCCAAGCUGGCCUCGGCCUGCGGUGGGAUCAUCUACUUCCUCAGCUACGUCCCCUACAUGUAUGUGGCCAUCCGGGAGGAGGUGGCCCAUGACAAGAUCACCGCCUUCGAGAAGUGCAUCGCCUCCCUGAUGUCCACCACGGCCUUCGGGCUGGGCUCCAAGUACUUUGCCCUCUACGAAAUGUCCGGCGUGGGCAUCCAGUGGCACACCUUCAGCCAGUCCCCCGUGGAAGGGGACGACUUCAACCUCCUGCUUUCCAUGAUGAUGCUGAUCGUGGACGCCGUGGUCUAUGGGGUGCUGACGUGGUAUAUCGAAGCCGUGCACCCAGGGAUGUACGGGCUCCCGCGGCCUUGGUACUUUCCGCUGCAGAAGUCCUACUGGCUGGGAAAUGGGCGCACGGAGGCCUGGGACUGGUCCUGGCCCUGGUCGAAGCGGCCCCACCUGAGCGUCACGGAGGAAGACCAAGCCUGUGCCAUGGAGAACAGGAGGAUGGAGGAGAGCCGGGGCAUUGAGGAGGAGCCCACUCACCUGCCCCUGGUGGUCUGCGUGGACAAACUGACCAAGAUCUACAAGACCGACAAAAAGCUGGCCCUGAACAAGCUCAGCCUUAACCUCUACGAGAACCAGGUGGUCUCCUUUCUGGGCCACAACGGUGCGGGCAAGACCACCACCAUGUCCAUCCUGACCGGCCUCUUCCCUCCGACCUCCGGCUCGGCCACCAUUUAUGGCCACGACAUCCGGACGGAGAUGGAUCAGAUCCGGAAGAACCUGGGGAUGUGCCCGCAGCACAACGUCCUGUUUGACAAGCUGACGGUGGAGGAGCACCUUUGGUUCUACUCGCAGCUGAAGGGCAUGGCCAAGGAGGAGAUCUGCAAGGAGAUGGCCAAGAUGAUCGAGGACCUGGAGCUAACCCACAAGUGCCACUUCCUGGUGCAGAUGCUGUCCGGAGGGAUGAAGAGGAAGCUCUCGGUGGCCAUCGCCUUCGUGGGCGGUUCGCGGGCCGUCAUCCUGGACGAGCCCACCGCCGGCGUGGACCCCUAUGCGCGCCGGGCCAUCUGGGACCUCAUCCUGAAGUACAAGCAAGGUAGGACCAUCCUCCUCUCCACCCACCACAUGGACGAAGCAGACCUGCUGGGCGAUCGCAUCGCCAUCAUCUCCCACGGGAAGCUGAAGUGCUGUGGGUCGCCCCUCUUCCUGAAAAGCACCUACGGGGACGGCUACAAGCUGACGGUGGUGAAGAAGCAGUCGGACGCCCGGAGCAACCCCGAGACGGGGCUCCCCCGCAGCCCGCCCUGCCCCUCGGCCACCAGCCCCUGCUCCGAAGAGCGGGUCAGCCAGUUCAUCAAGAAGCACGUGGCCUCCUGCCUCCUCAUCUCCAACACCAACACGGAGCUCUCCUACAUCCUGCCCAGCGAGGCUGCCAAAAAAGGCUGCUUUGAACGGCUCUUCCAGCACCUGGAGCACAGGUUGGAAGAGCUGGACCUCACCAGCUUUGGCCUGAUGGACACCACCCUGGAAGAGGUCUUCCUGAAGGUCUCGGAAGAAGACCAGUCUCUGGAGAACAGCGAUGCGGAUAUCAAGGAGUCCAAGAAAGACGCUUUCCCGCUGCCCAGUCCCCGCCUCGGCCCCAAGCCCCAGGCCAACGGCCACCCACUCCCGAGGCCGCCAAGGCCCACCAAGCCCGAAGUGGACCUGGGGAACCUCCUGGAUUGCUCGGACCUGGCCAAGUCCCAGGCAUCCUUGCACUCCUCCUCCUCCUCCUCCUCCUCCUUGGCUGGUUCCGUGCGUGGCGAGGAAGGUGGGGCUUAUUCUGAGUUCUACGGGGAUUACUGCCCCCUGUUUGACAACCCACAAGACCCCGAUAAUGGCAGCCUGCUAGAGCCAGAUGCUGACCCGGAAGAGGCGUCCCUGACCGGACAAAGCAGCGCCAAGCUGGAGGGCUCCUGGCUGAAGCUGCGCCAGUUUCACGGGCUACUGGUCAAGCGCUUCCAUUGUGCCAAGCGCAACAGCAAGGCCAUCUUCUCCCAGAUCCUACUGCCCGCCUUCUUCGUCUGCGUCGCCAUGACGGUGGCCCUCUCGGUCCCGGAAAUAGGUGACCUGCCUCCCCUCAUCCUUUCGCCUUCCCAGUACCACAAUUACACCCAGCCCAGAGGAAACUUCAUCCCUUACGCCAAUGAGGAACGUGGCAACCACCAGUCCUCGCCAGACGCCAGCGCCCAGCAGUUGGUGAGCACCUUCUACCUGCCCUCCGGCAUCGGGGCCACCUGUGUGCUCAAGUCGGCCUUCAACAGCACCCUGGACCAGCAGGUCCAAUCCCUGAACCUCAACAGCAACGAGUCCAAGAUGUUGGCGGCCAAGUACUUUGACGCCAUGUGCCUGGACUCCUUCACCCAGGGCCUGCCCCUCUUCAACUUCGUGCCGCCCCCUCCGUCCCCGGCCCCUUCCGACUACCCCUUCUCUCUGGACGAGGACUUGCUGCGGGCCUGGAAUUUCACCACCUUCCCGCCAAUCGUUAAAGAGACGGUCACCUCCACCCCGGCCCAGCCCAGCAUCGUCCAUGAACCCAUCAGGUGCACCUGCUCCAUGCAGGGCACCGGCUUCUCCUGCCCCAGCGGGGUGGGGGGCCACCCUCCCCAGAUGAAGGUGGUGACGGGGGACAUUCUGGUGGACAUCACGGGGCGCAACGUCUCCGAGUAUCUGCUCUACACAUCGGACCGCUUUCGGCUGCACAGGUAUGGAGCGGUGACCUUCGGCAACAUCCAGAGAUCCAUCCCAGCCUCUUUUGGGGAAAAUGCGCCUCCGAUGCUCCGGAAAAUUGCUGUCCGCAACACGGCCCAGGUGUACUAUAACAACAAAGGAUACCACAGCAUGCCCACCUACCUCAACGCCCUCAACAAUGCCAUCCUCCGUGCCAACCUGCCCAGCAGCAGGGGCAACCGCGCAGCCUAUGGCAUCACUCUGACCAACCAUCCUAUGAACAAGACCAGCGCCAGCCUUUCUCUGGAUUACCUCCUGCAAGGUACUGAUGUGGUCAUCGCCAUCUUCAUUAUCGUGGCCAUGUCCUUUGUGCCGGCCAGCUUUGUGGUCUUUCUGGUGGCUGAGAAGUCCAUCAAAGCGAAACACCUCCAGUUCGUCAGCGGCUGCGACCCCGUCAUCUACUGGCUGGCCAACUACGUCUGGGACAUGCUCAACUACCUGGUCCCAGCCACUUGCUGCAUCAUUAUUCUCUUCGUCUUCGACCUGCCGGCUUACACCUCUCCCACCAACUUCCCUGCAGUGCUGGCCCUCUUCCUGCUCUACGGGUGGUCCAUGACGCCCAUCAUGUACCCAGCCUCCUUCUGGUUCGAGGUGCCCAGCUCGGCCUACGUCUUCCUCAUCGUCAUCAACCUCUUCAUCGGCAUCACGGCCACCGUGGCCACGUUCCUCCUGCAGCUCUUUGAGCACGACAAGGACCUGAAGGUGGUAAACAGCUACUUAAAAAGCUGUUUCUUGAUUUUCCCCAACUACAACCUGGGCCACGGACUCAUGGAGAUGGCUUACAAUGAGUACAUCAACGAAUACUAUGCAAAGAUUGGGCAAUUUGAUAAGAUUAAGUCUCCUUUUGAGUGGGACAUCGUGACCCGGGCGUUAGUUGCCAUGACAGUGGAAGGCUUCGUCGGCUUCUUCAUCACCAUCAUGUGCCAGUACAACUUUCUCCGAAAACCACAGCGUUUCCCCGUGUCCACGAAACCCAUUGAAGAUGAUGUGGAUGUGGCCACCGAGCGGCAACGAGUUCUGCGUGGGGAUGCCGACAAUGACAUGCUCAAGAUUGAGAACCUCACCAAGGUGUACAAAUCGCGCAGGAUUGGGCGCAUCCUGGCCGUGGACCGGCUGUGCAUGGGCGUCCGGCCGGGGGAGUGCUUCGGCUUGUUGGGCGUCAACGGGGCAGGGAAGACCACCACCUUCAAGAUGCUGACGGGGGACGAGAUCACCACCAACGGCGAGGCCUUCAUUAACGGGCACAGCAUCCUGAAGGAGCUUCUGCAGGUCCAGCAGAGUCUGGGAUACUGUCCGCAGUUCGACGCCCUUUUUGACGAGCUGACGGCGCAGGAGCACCUGGAGCUCUACACCCGGCUGCGUGGCAUCCCGUGGAAGGACGAGGAGCGGGUGGUCAAGUGGGCGCUGAAGAAGCUAGAGUUGGAUAAAUGCGCCAACAAGCCCGCCAGCACCUUCAGCGGCGGCAACAAGAGGAAGCUGUCCACCGCCAUUGCGCUGAUCGGCUACCCCGCCUUCAUUUUCCUGGAUGAGCCCACCACGGGCAUGGACCCAAAGGCUCGGCGCUUCCUCUGGAACCUCAUCUUGGACAUCAUCAAGACGGGCCGCUCCGUGGUCCUGACCUCACACAGCAUGGAGGAGUGUGAAGCCCUCUGCACGCGGCUGGCCAUUAUGGUGAACGGGCGCCUCAAGUGCCUGGGCAGCAUCCAGCACCUGAAGAAUCGGUUUGGGGACGGCUACAUGAUCACCGUCAGGACCAAGUCCAGCCUAAACGUGAAGGAGGUGGCGCAGUUCUUCAGCCGGAACUUCCCGGAGGCCGUCCUCAAGGAGAGGCACCACACCAAGGUCCAGUACCAGCUGAAGUCGGAGCACAUCUCUCUGGCCCAGGUCUUCAGCAAGAUGGAGCAGGUGGUGGACGUCCUGGGCAUCGAGGACUACUCCGUCAGCCAGACCACGCUGGACAAUGUGUUUGUGAAUUUUGCCAAGAAGCAGAGCGACAACCUGGAGCAGCAGGAGAGCCUCCCGCCCUGCCCCAUAGAGUCCCCUCUGCAGCGCCUCCUCAGCCUCCUGCGGCCCCGGGGGGCCCCGACGGAGCUGCGCACCAUGGUGGGGGAAGAGCCCGAGGACCUGGAAACGGACGACGAGGGGCUGAUCAGCUUUGAGGAGGAGAGGGCCCAGCUCUCCUUCAACACGGACACCCUCUGCUGAAAACAGAGGGGACACAGCCCCCUCCCUUGGCUGGGCAGCCCCUCGCCCCUUCCCGCUUGGUGGCUGCCAUCCUCUCUGCCCAGCGAGUGAGCGGGACGUCCUGAAGGCACCGAGAGGAGGCAUUGCCUGAGCCUUUGACCUGGGUGGCCCCCAGGAUGGAGCGGGCCUUGUGCUGUUUUGCAGACGGCCAAGGACCGGACACAGCGCAGUCCGGCUGGUUGAGAAGACGUGGGGUACGGCGCUGAUGCAGAGGAGAAACAGUGGCCUCCGUACCCCACUGGAACCCCACAGUUUGGGACAUUCGUCCUGGGAGAGACUGUGCUCUGCUGUGCCCCACUGCCUCUCCUGCCGCCCUGGGCCAGAUCUGACUGCGGGGGGCAGCUGGCCGUGCUGGAGUGGAUAGCUGGGCACUGUCAGCCUUUCCGGCCAAAGGGAAGCAAGAACGCUGAAGGGGGGUAGAUCCUCCUGGACAAGUCUGGAGAUUGCGCCUCCCUCCGUCCUCUUUGCCCCUCCCCCCCUCUCUCUCAGCCCAGGAACCAAAGCCCCCUGCCAGCUGCAUGAAGGCUCGGGAAGUGCUGGGCAUCUGAGCCAGCCUCCCCCCAUCAACCCAAAAGCAGCUCAAGGAAGCACCUCUGUCUCCUCUAACCAGGCCUGGAGCUUUUUGCUUCCGGAUCUCCUUUUUAAAGCCUCAAGUAACACGCCAGGGCUGAGAGCCCCCCCCCCCUUCGGCUGUGGGGCAGGAGCUCCCCACUCUUCUGCUUGCGCCCUAACCUGGCAUGGCAUUAAUCGGAGGCCUCCGGUGGGAUCGCCAGGUCUUUCAGGAGCUCUCAUUGCACAACGAGUCGCUGCCAGAGGAGCUGCACUCCCAAGGGGAGCCAGGAGGGUCCCCUCCAGCGGCAUCUGGAAUUGCCCCAGAUGUCUGGGACUCCAAAUCCCGAUGUCCCAGCUGGUGGCUUGGGAAGAUUUAGUCUGAAAUGCAAGAAAUCCAGUCCAUGGUGCACCCCAUCCGUUCCUGUGGGGAACGGCAAGCCCCCCCCCCCCCCGCGCCGCCAUGGCACUUGCCCUCUUCUCCCUCCCCCAGCUGUGCACCGACCAGCAGAGAAGCCAAGAGGCCAUCAGGGACUCCCUCAAAUGAAGAGGAGGGGGUGCUGGAAGACCUGGAGGAGAGAUCUUUGGGACCAGAGCGAGGAUGGCAGCUUCUUUGCACGGAAGGAGUGUAAAUUGAAUUUGGAGGAAGGGGACAGUUUUAGACAGAGAUUGCAUCAGUUUAUUUUCGGCUUUGCAAGCACAAUGUUUACUUUUAAAUUUAUUGGAGCGCCGGGGAGGGGUUUGGAGCCUAGGCAGGGUGUGAAACUGAUGGGAACUGUGCUGGGCUCUCUCCCCCCACAACAACCGUGGGGCUCUGCCGGUCCCCUCUCUGGAAAUGGGCCCCGGACAUCCGGCACAAAGGGAGGCAUCAGGCUGCCUGCAAAGAGAAGCCGGCUUGGAGGACUCUCUGGCGAGCCCUCUUGCCCGGGGUCUGCUCGGCCCCUCCGGCCCUCCUCUCUGCCCUGAGCCCUGGCUGGGGGUGCUGAGCCCCCCCUUGGGGCAGCUUGCUCUCUUUGCAAAGAGCCUGUACAUUGCUAGAACCGGAAAAGCCAAUGUGAAAAGUAAUUAUUGUUUUAAUAAAAAAGUGAGAAUAACCGA